GGAGGGGUUUGGAUGUGACACCGCAAAACAGAAAACAACAGGCAGCGGUGUCAAUACAGCUGAAUAUGGCGCAGUGUUGACGAGCGUUUACAGCUACAGUGUAUAUUUAACUAGUGUAUUUACAGUGUUUAGUAUGUGUAGAAGCGGGGAGAGGGAACGGGAGCUGAGCUGUGUGUGUUGUUGGAGCUGUUCAUGUGGAGUUUGAGGCACUGGGUGUACUGGUUCCUGUAGGCGAGGCUGUGUUGUGUAAGGGGGUGUUGUGCUGGUUUCGGGUCGCUGUGCUGUAAUGCGGACUGGGAUGUCACCGGGAGCAGCUCACUGUGCAGCUAACGCACACACACACUGACACGCACACACACGCACUGACAGUCCGGCCGCGCUACUGCCUGUUUCAGCGGCCGCCUCUUUCUCCUCCUGCUGCUGCUGUGUGUGCGUUCCCCGGGCUUGGGCUGCUGACCGCAGGCGGGAUCAGCUGUCACGAUGCCGGGCAUGGUGGUAUUCGGGCGGCGGUGGGGAAUCGCCAGCGAUGAUCUGGUCCUGCCGGGAGCCUUCGAGCUCUUCAUCCGCGUCCUUUGGUGGAUUGGGAUUUUAACUCUUUAUGCCACACGCAAAGGAAAAUUUGACUGUCAUGGCGGAGCUCUUCUUCACAGCUACCUCAUCGUCCUUCUGGUCCUGCUUGCGUUCAUUAUUCUAACCUUAUGUGCAAUUGUUUACGUCAGUGCCCAAGGAACCAUUAUGAAUCCAGGUCCACGGCGCUCUGUGCCAGCUCUGGUGUACCUACGGGCGCUCCUUUACAUCCCUGAGUUAGUUUGGGCGUGUCUUGGGGCUGUCUGGGUGUCUGAUGACAGCGGAGGAUGUGAACCGGCUGAAGUUGGAAUUGUUCUAGGUACAGUGGUUGCUAGCUGGAUCAUCCUGCUGUCCAUGUUUGUGGGCGUGUUGAUCGUGUUUGACCCGUUGGGCAGCCUGCGGUGGCCAGUGCCGAUUGGUCAAUAUUCAGGUCUGAGGGAUCUGGAGAGCAGUGAGUCCUCUCAGCUCUUUUACAGUGCGCGCUCGCUGGCUGUGCGCGUGUGGGAAAGCCGCCUGCGCCUGCUCUGCUGCUGCCUGCCUCAGGAUGACAACCACCGGGCGGCCUUUUCCAGCAUUGCUCAACUAGUCAGCGGCUUCUUCUCGGACACAGACCUGGUGCCCAGUGACAUUGCUGCAGGCCUGGCACUCCUGCAUCAGGAGCAGGACAAAGUGGAGCAGUGCAAAGACCCUGAUGACGUUAUACCCCACAGCCCUUCAUCCCCCAUAAGAGAAGAUCUGGAGAUAGAGCUGGAGAAAGCUGCACACUGUAUGCAGUUUGCUGUAGCUGCGUACGGUUGGCCCUUGUAUGUUUACUCAAACCCUUUUACUGGACUCUGCAAACUCAGUGGAGACUGCUGUCGCAACCCCAGAGCAGAGUACGACCUGGUUGGAGGAGAUAACCUUGGCUGUAAUUUUAACUCCAUCUUGCAUGUCACGGGACUGCAGUACCGUGACUUUAUUCACAUUAGCUUCCAUAAUCAGAUAUAUGAGAUCCCAUUCUUUGUUGCACUGGAUCACAAAAGGGAGGCUGUACUGGUUGCUGUGAGAGGAACACUGUCACUAAAGGACGCUCUGACGGAUCUCUCUGCAGAAUGUGAGAACCUGCCUGUUGAAGGUGUGUCAGGAGCCUGCUAUGCACACAAGGGCAUAUCUCAAGCAGCCAAUUACAUCUAUAAGAAGCUUGUUAAUGAUGGCAUAUUGAGCCAAGCUUUCAGCAUCGCACCUGAGUACAGGCUCGUCAUCACAGGGCACAGUCUGGGUGCAGGCACAGCGUCUCUGCUGGCAGUGCUGCUGCGCAGUACUUACCCCACAUUACAGUGCUACGCUUUCUCUCCACCAGGGGGCCUCAUGAGCAAAGCACUAGCUGAAUACUCCAAACAGUUUGUGGUAUCUGUGGUUCUAGGAAAGGAUCUGGUCCCCAGGUUAAGUAUUCCAAACAUGGAAGACUUGAAGAGGAGAAUAUUGAAGAUGGUGUCUAAUUGCAGUAAACCUAAGUACAAGAUUCUCUUACAUGGUUGCUGGUAUGAAGUGUUUGGGGGAACUCCAGAUGACUUCCCCACAGAAAUGGAGAACCGGAGGGAGGAAGAGUUAAGCCAGCCAUUGCUUGGCGGUGGAAGCUUAUUGGUGCAGGGCUCCACAUCUUACCAGAGCCUAUCAUCAGAUGACUCACCCACCCACUCCACCCAUUUGCCACUCUACCUGCCAGGACGCAUCAUGUACAUCACAGAAGACGGACCCACACGAAGGCACUGCUUCUCACAGGUACGAUACCGUGCUGAGUGGUCCAGCGAGAUGGCGUUCCGCAGCGUGCUGAUCAGUCCUCGGAUGAUCGCCGACCAUAUGCCUGAUGUGGUCCUCCGGGCCCUGCACAGCCUCACCAGCGACCGACCGUUCUCCCUCUGCCCCUCCUCCCUCAGCAACAGUCACCUGAAUGUCAUCUGAGCUCCAACUGCCUGGAGCCUGGAUCCUGAAUUGACUGUGGCAGAGAAUGCACAAGGAGGCUGCAGGGAACUGUACCGUUUAAGACUCAUUAAAGAGCAUUUCAACUCUUUCGGAUUUUAAGUAUCUUUUUAAUCUGCUGUUUUGGAAGCGCAGUAUGCUUCGAACAAUAUUGUACCAUGCACUGCGAUUUCCCUGCGUCUCUCAUCGUGUCAAAGUCUUGUGUAUGUUGUUCAAAUGUAUUAUGUCGUUCUAUGUGGGAGAGUCAACACUAACUUAUUUUUGAAAGUCCUGAAGGUGUAAUAUGAAAGAAUCACCAGUAAUUGUGUGGCCGUGGUGUCUUGUCUGUGCUGUACAUUUUUAAAAAAUUCAGGGUCAUUAGUGCCUAUGCGUAGCCGAAUAUGGUGCUGGAAUCACAAAGCCUGGAUGCAGAACGGAGCAACAUAUGAUUCCAGUGCAACUAUAAUGGAUGCAGUUUUAAUGCAUGGUACUAAAUCAUUCAGUUUGCAUGGAAAUGUUUAAGUAUGUUUGCUCCAUUUACAUUACGUUACAUUGCAUUACAUUACAUCAGCUUAUUUGCCAAUUUAAAUUUGCAUCAGAACGUUCACUUUUCAUGAGGAUUUCUGAAUAAAUGUGUUCAUGAGAUUCA